UGUUUGAACAGAUGCCUCGCGGGCGCCUGCGCCCAUGCGAGCAUGAUCUCGCGCCGCGGGAUGUCUCCUGAGACCAUCGGGGCGGAAAACGUGGAUGUGGAGGCCCCGGAUCAGUCCGCGCCGCUCACUGCGGCGCCCAAAUCGGAUUGCAUCUUGAGGUGCUGCCAUUGCAUCUCCGUGAUAGACAUCCUGGUCCUUGCGCUGGCUGCGGUGGCCAGCGUCAUAGCCAUCGUCAGCAGCAUCCGGCCGGAGAGCUUUAACAUUGCUGCCAUCGGAUUGAGAGGAGCGUCGGUGGGGCUUUGUGUGCUACUGGGCAUCGAGCAAGGGACACGAAACACUUCCUGCCACUGCUCGUGCCUGAGGCGGCUGUUUCCGCCUCUGGACUACUGGGUUGGACGAGGUCUAGCACAUCUCUUCCUGGCAUUGCAGAUGGAGGGGGCCAGCAGCGAGGGGUUGGAUGGAACCACCACUGACCUGAUCAACGCGGCAUCCAUAGCGGUGGCUGUGGUGGGUGUUUUCUUUACCAGCGGCGCAUUCUUGUGCUUUGGGCCUUUGGAAAGACGGCAUCACCGGCUGGCCACCAGAAAGGAGGAGGUCAUGCGCGAGUUGUCGGAGCUGGAGCGGAAGAAGAAGGCCCUCGAGAACGAAGCAGGCAUGUGAGAUGUGAGGAUUUCGACUUGCGCCUACGAGACAUCGGCCUGAGCGCGCUGCGCGCGCUUGCGCGCAGGGGCCCGACCGGCUGGCGACGGGCGCUGAUGGGCUGAUGGGCUCAAACUUGUGGCGACCUGCCUCUCUGCGGAUUCCCUGGACGUUGCAAGCUGUCUGUCCAUAGUUUCUGGGAAUCAGGAUCCGUAGGCCUGGUGCGGGCACUUGUCCGCACUCCGAUCUUUGGCAAUGCAAGACGCCAGAAAACAUCGUUGCCAGCCUUCAAUGGUCACACGCUGCAGUCGUGAUCGGGACCUUGUCGAUCACAGAUGCGAAUGUGUUGCCACAAUCACCU